AUGCCCGACGAAACUCCUCCAGAAGAUCAAUAUGGUCACUUUCAUGGCUUUGCGACCGGAUUUGCAUUUCUUCAGUUCGCUAAGCAAAGGCUAGCAAGUUUACCGUCUAUGCCGUUGGACUUUUCGGAUUAUCCAUUGACAAACGCUGGUAAUCUCCCCUCCAUACUUCCGCCUAAAUCCGUUGCCGAUGACCUGAUACGCGAUUAUUUUGACUUUGGUUUGACAACAUCUCGCUUUGUGCAUAAACCGAGCUUGCUGGCUGUCUACGAAAAAAUAUACAAUCUCGAAGAAACCUUUAACCCAAACCAGGAUGACUUAGCCCUGGUAUACAUGGUGAUGGCUACCGGUUCUCAUUACUCCAAACAAAAUAGCGUUUUCUUUAUACAUUCUGACUCGUGGUCCCGAAAAGUAACCAUCUUUACUGGACGGCUGCACUUCGACGUCGUCAAGGAACUGGUUGAGGGUAUUAUCCAGCGGGGCAAAGACGCCUGGUUCAUGACUUCUGUCGGCACAUCGCAUCCUUCGGUGACGGAUGCUCCUCUGAUCGAGCCAUUGCUGCUGAGCUGGACGACUGGAGCUACAAUUGAUGUCAAGGAGGGCGUGCAGCAGUAUGUUCAGACCUCGUUAGAAUUUUUGAAGUUCUUACAGGAUAACCACAAACGAGGAAUCCUUCAAGAACCAGUCAGUCAUCCCGAAUAUGAUCAAAAUAUUCGGGAUGAGAAGAGGAGAAAAGAGCAGUACCCUGAUGUCGAAAGGUACUGA